UUCCCUUUCGGUCCCUCCGGGGAGAUGUACCAAGGGUUCCCCGGCGACCCCGACAGCGGAUCCCGUGGAAGCUCGUCUCCAUCCAUAGAGUCCCAAUACCUGUCCUCCGUGGACUCCUUCGGGAGCCCGCCCCCCACCAGUGCUCCACAGGAGUGUGUGUCAGCAGGUGCUGGCUUGAGCAUUGUGGGCAGCGGGCCAGGGAGCAGUGGUGGCGCUGAGAUGCCUGGUUCAUUCGUGCCCACCGUCACCGCCAUAACCACCAGCCAGGACCUGCAGUGGCUGGUUCAGCCGACCCUCAUCUCCUCCCAGGCCUCUGGACAGAGUGUUUCCACUGGCACCACCACCAUGGCCCAGCCAAUGCCACUGGUAGACCCGUAUGACAUGCCGGGUCCCAGCUAUUCUUCAGGGGCUGGCUUCACCCCUCCAAGUUCAGAAACUCCGGGGCCAGCUCCAGGCCCCGUCCGCCAGUCCAGACCCCGCAGCCGCCGUGCACGAGACGAGUCUCUAACACCUGAGGAGGAGGAGAAGCGACGCAUUCGUCGAGAGAGGAACAAGCUGGCUGCUGCCAAAUGCAGAAACCGCAGACGAGAGCUCACAGACAGACUGCAGUCGGAGACUGACGUACUGGAGGAGGAGAAAGCAGAGCUGGAGGCUGAGAUCUCGGAGCUGCAGAAGGAGAAAGAGCAUCUGGAGUUUGUCCUGGUGGCCCACCAGUCAAACUGCAAGAUUCUAUAUCAGGAGCAGGCUCAGCAGGGCUCAGGGCAGCUCCCUUCCGUGCCGUCCCAGAUCCCUCCCCAGUCCCUACAACCUCCUCCCGUCUCCAUCGUGGGCUUGACUAUGAAGGAAGACUCUUUCUAUCUCCCUCCUGCCUACACAGUCCACCCGGCCUCCUCGCAGCCACAGCCUCUGGUUCCACAGCAGCCGCAGCAAGUCCAGCAGCCUCAAGCAGAGAUGAUGCAGGAGGUAGAGUUUUCUAGUUCUUACUAUGGCUCAAGUGAGCCAGCACCUGGUGGGCCAUGCCUCAUGGCCAGUGACAGUGGUGGUGGUGUUAACCAUGACGAUGCGGCCGUUGGCAGUUACAGCACCUCAUACACAUCUUCAUUUGUGUUCACCUACCCAGAGGGAGCCUGCGGGGUCAGUGCCAACCAGCGGAACAGCAGUAGCGAGCAGUCAUCCGAUUCCCUGAACUCGCCCUCGCUGCUGGCGCUCUGA